AUGCUCUCACGUGUUGCUGCAGUGGAGGCACCCCGCACACACAACCGUCGCCGCGUGACCGGAUCCAGCGGAAGGAGGAGGGAAGGAAGAGAGAGUGAGCCGCAGAGGCCCAACAUGUCCCGGCAUCUGUUUACUUUUGCGGUGCCGCUACUCCUACUUGUGAUGUGCUGCACUGGUGAAGCUGCAGCCGCUGAUGGAAGUAAAACAAGGAGUAUCAUUGAUCCGUUCACAGGGACGACAUCGAUAUCAUUUGCUAAUUGGAAGGAAUUGAGGGAGGCCGGAAGCAAAAUCACCUCGCUCCGCGUUCCUAGCCUUGUUGAAGUGCAGGGUCAUUUAUUUGCUAUUGCUGAAGCCCAUUGCAGGGAUGGAGGCGACUGCAGCGAAGUCGGCUUUACUGGGAUUGCGUCAAAGUACCUUGGUUUAAAUGUUGAUUCUGGUCCGACGGAGAUCUUGACGGCAGAUGCGAGUACCUUUGGCGCAGAUCUUCUAAAGGAAGGUUCUGAGGGUAUCAAUACCGCAAACGGCAUAACGCGACCAACGACACUUGUACUUGGGGACAGUGUUUACAUGCUCCUGGGAAACUACAGCCAUACAAAGCCGCAGGUUGAAGGUACGAAUGAGCCAGCUCUUUUACUCGUGAAGGGAACUCUCACUGAUGAGGGUGAAAAGAAGAAAAUCAGAUGGAAUGAGACCCAUGUGGUGAACCCUGAACCCAAAGGAAAAUCUCGUUUCUUGACCGAGUUAAUUGGCGGUGGAGGAUCGGGUGUUGUGAUGCGUGACGGCACGAUUGUGUUCCCCAUGCAGGCCAAAGGCAAGGACGGAACGAGCUUUUUACUGUCUAUGAGUUUUGACCCGUCAGACAAAAAAUGGGAGCUUUCAUACGAGACGCCUGGUAAAGGCUGCAGGGAUCCAACCCUUGUGAGAUGGGAAAAAUACGAAUAUGGCGCAGAACUCUUCAUGAUGGCUCAUUGUGCUGGAGGCUACUAUGACGUUUACAUGUCCACUCCGCAUGGAGUCAAUUGGAAUGGACACUUCCAACCAAUUACCCGCGUGUGGGGCAACUCACACAAUCGAAAGGGGCACGGUGUCCAGAGUGGAUCCACCACCGCAAUCAUUGAGGGAAAGGAGGUGAUGCUCAUCACCGCGCCGGUGUAUCCGAAGGAGGACAAUAAAGGUGGAAAAGGUCGGCUCCAUCUUUGGGUGACGGACAAGGCACGUGUGUAUGAUGUUGGGCCGGUAUCCCGUGAGGGUGAUGACGCCGCCGCGAGCUCGCUGUUGAUAAAGGAUAAAAAUAAAGAGUUGAUUUCACUGUACGAGAACAAGAAGAGCGAUGGAGCAUACAAUCUUGUUGCUGUGCGUCUGACCGAGAAACUGGAGCGGAUAAAGGAAGUGGUGAAGAAAUGGAAGGAUUUGGACAGGGCCUUGAAAACAUGCCGUUCCGGUUCCAGCGCCGCUGUCGACCCGAGAAAGAAGGGUAUGUGCAAUGGUCGUGUUCCCACUGAUGGGCUUGUUGGCUUCUUGUCCGGUAACUCAACUCAGACCGAGUGGCGAGACGAGUACCUCGGCGUGAAUGCAACAGUGACGAAUGGGGAGAAAAGGGUUCCCAAUGGAUUGACGUUCCAAGGACCCGGGGCAGGGGCGGAGUGGCCUGUUGGCGACAUGGGGCAGACUGUGCCGUACUACUUUGCUAACAACAAAUUCACUCUUGUGGCGACGGUGUCCAUCCACAAGGUGCCGGAGACAGGCAGCAUCCCUUUGAUGGGUGUGAAGAUGAAUGACACCGACAGCACGGUGCUUUUUGGUCUGUCGUACACCAAUGACAAGAAGUGGUUGGCCAUACCGGAGGAUCCUGCUGGUAAUGUGGAGGAUUUUGUUAAGUGGGAGCCAAACAGGACGUAUCAGGUGGUACUGCGAAUGGAUCAUCAUUAUUGGACUGUCUUUGUAGAUCGAGAGGAAAUCCAGAAGACGAAAUAUAAUGAGAGUCUGUUUGACUCGCACAGGAUUUCACACUUCUACAUCGGUGGGGACAGUAAGCACCAAAGUGCAACGGGCGGCCAUGUGACGGUGACCAACGUCAUGCUGUACAACGAGGAGCUGUGGAGAGAUGAUCUGUACAAACUCCAUGCCAGCAAAGUCAAUAUUCCAUCACUGGGUGUUGAAGAAAAGCCCACAGAACAGGUGACCAGCACAGACGUUUCGGUUGUUUCCGAGUCAUGGAGUGAAGAAAGCGUCAGCUAUGAGGAAUUGACUGAGGACGAUACUGAUGAACAAGAGGAAGAAAUCGUCGAUGAUCUGCUGCUUGCAGCGUACUCUUCCACAGUUGACGCGGAAUCAUCUGUUCAUGAAUCCGCCACUGCAGCGCAGAGCGCAGAGAAUUCCCAUCAAGAGGACAAUGCCCAGCUUUCCGGAGGCGAAACGGCUCAGCAAACCACGCUGAAUGAAGCGAAGGAAUCGAUGCAACGUGAUUCAUAUGUGCAGCCACAAGACCUACAGUCAGAGAAAUCAACGGUGUUCAAUGAUGUUGAAACAUCCCCUGAAAGUAUUGAUACAGAAGAGCCAGAGGAGGAGGGAGAAGCGGAUGGCAGGAGUGGUGGAACAACGUCUCCAGUAGCUGCGUCGUUGAGUAUGGAAACGGUCGCUGCAUCAGUGAACGGUGAGCACCAAGUGCAACAAAAACUUGAGCUUUCCGCUGAAAACAACGACGUGCGGUCCACUGGAACCGGAAAUACCGGCGCGGAGGAAAGCCUCAUCCUCGAGGCGAGGGACGGAAAUUCCGAGAGAACUAUGGGUUCAGGCAGCAGUCCCACUCCUUCAAAGAGUGACGCCGAACCGUCAUCCGCGGAGAACACCGACGACGUCUUUCGGACUGAAGGAACCGAAUUUCCCGUUGAAAACGGCAAGGAGGUGCCACAGACAGUCGACACCGCACCGGGUAACACAAACACCACGCCUGGAGGUGAAGGGAUCCCCUCAACAAAAGGCGCGGCACGACACUCGGACAACGACACCUUCACCGGGGAAAUUGCGGAUUUGUUGGCCAUGGGCGAAUUUUCUGAAAGCACCGUGCAUGGGUGUGUGUCUCGGGUGUUGUUGCUGCUGCUUCUGGGACUGUGGGGCGCUGCGGCUCUCUGCUGA